UCCCCGUGAAAUUUGUAAACUGUAACUAUUAUAUUGAAAUAUAUUGAAAUCCCUGAAGAGAAGGUUUGCAUAUGAAUUCCAAAGUCAGUUCAGAAACUGUUCGAUCGAGCAUGUAUACAAUUAAUUUAAAAACAGUUGCUGUAUUAUGGUGGUAUCUGAUUUGGAAUUUCGAAUAUUUGAACGCCCAAAUCGGAGUAACAGUGUGCACGGAUGGUGGAACAGAAUGUGUCGCACUACCAAACUCUAUUUGUGAUCGGUUCAACACACUGACAUGCGUAUGCUCGACUGCCCAGAAGUACCAGACUAAACCUGAUAAAAGUGGAUGUGAUUACAACUGUGGUACACUCACAAAUCCCACUAAUGGAGCAGUUUCUACAACUGGUACCCUGCAGACCUCAGUUGCUACAUACACAUGUAGUGCAGGCUUCAAACUAACUGGAGUUAGCAGUAGAACGUGUGUGCUUGGAUCAGGGUGGUCAGGCGUAGCCCCGACAUGUGUGGCAGGCAUGGUAGGAGAUUCCUGUGCAACAGUUACCAACUUAUGUGUGAACCUGAUCAACGCACCAUGUACAGGAGGCACCUGCACCUGUCUCCUUGGAUACACACAGAGCACUGACACUGAAUGCGUGGAAAUAAACGAAUGUGUCUCUUCUCCCUGCAUGAACGGAGGCUCGUGUACCAACGACAUAGCAAAGUUCACGUGCAGGUGUCCUACUGGAUUUAAUGGAACAAGAUGCGAAAUAAAUCCAAACGACUGCAUGUCAGACCCCUGUCAGAAUGGUGGCGCGUGCACUGACGGACUUGCCACUUACACGUGCAACUGUUUGUCCGGUUACACGGGAGCUACAUGUGCUACAAACAUCAAGUGUUCCUCCACUCCGUGUCGAAACGGGGCUACUUGUAACGAUGGUGUCAUUGGAUAUACGUGUUCGUGUGUUGUUGGGUUUACCGGUAUCCACUGUGAGACAAACAUAAAUGAGUGCAUAUCAAGCCCAUGUAAGAACGGCGCUACCUGCAACGACGCCGCUAACAAGUACAGUUGCACCUGUGCAAUCGGCUUCACGGGGACACAUUGCGAAACAAACAUUGACGACUGCGGAUCUAACCCGUGCCAAAACGGAGGAAUAUGUGCAGACGGAAUUGCCAAACAUACUUGCUCGUGUGCUGUGGGCUACACAGGAACGAACUGUGAAAAAAAUAUCGACGAAUGUGAAUACAAUGCGUGCAACAAUGGCGCAACAUGCCAGGACAAAGUUGCCGGUUACACGUGUUCUUGUGCAGCGGGCUUUACAGGCGCUUUUUGUGAGACAGAUAUAAACGAAUGCACUAGCAACCCAUGUCGGAAUGGAGCCAUAUGUGCUGAUGCUGUAAAUGCUUUCACUUGCACCUGCUUGGAUGGAUUCAGUGGACAGUUUUGUCAAAUCGAUGUAAAUGAGUGCACAAACCACUCCUGCAAGAAUGGAGCAAUAUGUGUUGAUGCUGUGAAUUCUUACACUUGCUCCUGCAUUGAUGGAUUCAGUGGACAGUUUUGUCAAAUAGAUAUCAACAACUGCAUUAAUCAUUCCUGCCAGAAUGGCGCAACAUGCUUAGAUGGCAUCGCAAAGUACACGUGCGAAUGUACGCCUGGUUUCAGCGGAACAUUGUGCCAAUAUACUGUGAAUGCAUGCACAUCUAACCCUUGCAGAAAUGGCGGAACUUGUAAUUACUCAUGCGGUAAAUAUACGUGUGACUGCACACCUGGAUAUACUGGAACAACCUGCGCAUCAGACGUCAACGGGUGCUCCAGUGUCACGUGUCAGAACGGAGGCAAGUGUGUGGACGGUCUGAACUCGUACACAUGUCUGUGUGAGCAGGGAUUCGAUGGAAGACACUGCGAAAAUGGCGCAUGCCCUGUGCUACCCGACAUUCCACACGGACACGUGGACAUGUCAUCGGGGCGGCAUGUGGGUUCCAUAGCCAUGUAUUCCUGUAACAACAACUACGCACUCGUGGGCCUUUCAGUUCGAUCAUGCGAAACCAACGGGAUGUGGAAAGGAGCAAUACCUGAAUGUGUAUACGUGUUUACGACUGGUCUGGUGUGGGUCGCCCUCGGCGAGUUUGGACUACUUAUCGUUGCAACCAGCGCUUUCUGCAUUUGGAAAAGGCAUAGAAAAUUCUGUUUGAACAAGCCGUCAACUAAAAUCGCUGGAGUCAACAUCAGAAAAAGCAAUGCGUAUGACUGGCUAAAUGAAGGUGAAUCGCCGGGUCCGCAGGAAUACGUCACCAUGAUUCACGUGGGGACGGACGUAGCCCGUGGACAGGUGGACACUACUCUCUCAAACAUUUGAAGAAUCUGACAAUAAAAAUGUUGCUGCGUUAGUUUAGCUGUCAGUCGCCAUCAAAUUGAAUGACAAUUAACAAUUAGACGGACAUCGUUGCUCCGCCUUUUUUUCUAAUCAAUGUCGUUUGUCAACUAUUUGAAGAAAUUCGAUCGAGUUAUUCGAUCUUGUUACAUAAUUUGCAAUGGAAAUAUUAAUUAAUAUUAAGUGUUUUUUUUUAAUAUUUGUAACAACUGUUUACUGAACUGACGAUGGAUAAAAUAUGUAUCGUAUAUAUUAAUUCAAUCCAAUUUUCAACUGUGUCCUGCGCAUUUCCAGCUGAUGUUUAAUACAAACCGUUGUACAACCGUCCGUUGGAUUUGUGAGUCGCAGGUCACUCAAAAAGUGCCGCUGGUACUAAAUGAAACAUACUAACUAUAAU